AUGCAGAGCAAAAUAAUAAUUUCUUUAACCUUCCUGGCGUUUUUAUUUCCUUUUGUUUUUACUAACAAACUUCAUCGAAUUAUCAAUGGACACUAUGCUGCAUCCAAACAAUUUCCAUACCAAACGUUUCUUACGCAACUAAAACUUGGCUACAUUAAAGAAUAUAUUAAAUGGCGUCCUCUUUGUGGUGGAGCUCUAAUCUCCGAAAAAUGUGUCCUAACUGCAGCUCAUUGCCUGGACAAUCCAGACAUAUAUGCUGUUAAUAUAUAUUUCGGUGCUGUAAAAAUUGAUGAUGUAACGGAAGUGGGUCAACAACGAUUGGUAGUGAAAAAGGAUCAUUUUGUGAUACACCAAGAAUGGAAUUCCAAAACGCUUGCUAACGAUAUUGCACUGAUAAAGCUUCCUUUUUCAAUAUUAUUUGAUGACUACAUAAAACCAAUCCAACUACCAAAUAAAACAUUUCAAUACCAAUUUAGUGAAGCAACAACCUCAGGCUGGGGAUUAGUCAAGGAUACAGAUACAUUUUCAGAAUUCGAUAAGAACUUGAAAUACUUUAAGGCCCAGAUUUUAUCUGAUCUUGAAUGCAAACGUGCCUAUAUAUCGCACAAGAAAUCAGCAUUUCCAGCAUCACUAAUUUGUAUUGCUCCAGGAGAAAACAUGGCGUGCAAAGGAGAUUCUGGUGGUCCAUUGGUUAUUAAGCAUGAAUCCAACUUUGUGCUACUGGGACUAACAUCCUUUAUGCUUGAUAAAUUUUGCUACUCAGGCUUUCCAUCGUUCUUUACCAGAGUCUCUUCAUAUCUGAAUUGGAUUCGAGAUAACGCGGAAAGUUAAAGCUGAAUUUAAAACACCACUGACAUUUAAAAAUAAA